UCGCGUCGAGUACGUGAUUUCAUUAUAGGGUUAGGGUUAUGAUUUUUUUAAGGUAUAUAAUGAAACUCACCACCUCAAAUUCCUACCUUCUACCAAACACAUUUUAAAACUAACCCACCUUAAAGAUGGCACGUACCAAGCAAACAGCUCGUAAAUCCACUGGUGGCAAGGCCCCUCGUAAGCAACUUGCAUCCAAGGCUGCCCGUAAAUCUGCCCCUCCCACUACUGGUGGUGUCAAGAAGCCCCAUCGUUACCGUCCCGGUACCGUUGCUCUCCGUGAAAUUCGUCGUUACCAAAAGAGUACUGAGCUUUUGAUCCGGAAGCUCCCCUUCCAACGUCUUGUCCGUGAGAUUGCCCAAGACUUCAAGACUGAUCUCCGUUUCCAAUCCUCAGCCAUUGGUGCCCUUCAAGAGGCUGUUGAGGCUUACUUGGUCUCCCUGUUCGAAGACACCAAUUUGUGUGCUAUCCACGGUAAGCGUGUCACCAUUCAACCCAAGGACAUGCAACUCGCUCGUCGUCUCCGUGGUGAGCGUUCUUAAGCAACUUGUCAUGAUCGUUUUCGUUUGCAGCAAUUCUUUUUCGUUGUGAAUUUUGUUGUUUCCUCGCAAACUGCUGUUGUGAAGACCGAGAAUCUUAUAAGGGUCUUGUGAUGCAGCUGGACACAAAUUUUACUCACUCGACUCGCGUCAAUUUAUUGGUGUGCGACUCCCGAUGAAAAAAUUUUGUUUUACUGUAUCACAUUCUCUUAGAUUCCUGCGUAUUGCGAUUUGUGGUUCAAGAAGUGGUGUCUAGAUGGUUCCACAUUCUCUUCACAUGUAUACGUAUUGUCGCUUCCUUGCAAAACGACGGCAGCCGUUCCUGUGGUGAGGCACGUGUCUCCGGCGUUCGUCUCAUCACACUGUACACCGUCCCUCACCGCACACCUUCCAAUCUCAUUUUACUUGGGUUCUAUGGUUAUGAUAUUUUUGUAUUCUUCGCCUUGUCAUCGGUUCCUGUUUCUAUUUCCAAUUGUUUAAUGCACGUUUUAUUCAUCAGUGUCCUGGAGAGACUUAAGGUUGUGUCCACUGGAGAGGUGGUUUUGUAGAUGCGG